AUGGCGUCGCCGUCCUCACCGACCCUCGGCGAGAAACUGUCGGUGACCACGGCCAUUAUUGGCCUUCUCGCUGUAGGUGGUAAGACCAUCGAUGCCUUGUGGGAUCUCAAUACACCAGCAACCAAGGCCAACUCCAUCUUCGCCACAGCGCUGCAGGAAAUCAAGCAGUGUCGGUCCACAGUUCACAUCUUGUAUAAGACGUUUUCGCUCGUUGAAUCGGCACAGUUACCGUUCCCUGAACGGGGAACAUGGAUCGAAGCCGAUUAUCUCAUUGCGACACUGACCGAUACCGUUCUUGCCGUGUCCGACAUGCAAGCCAUCUGCGCAACCUUGAGCCUCGAAAGGGAAGGACUGGCAACUCCACCACCUGAGGAUACCACUUUAGGCCGUGGCUAUCCUUCUUAUGAACAAAGCAUCAAAUCAUUAUGCUCGCGCAUUCGAUGGCACAGCCUCUCUAUGACGAUGAUGAUGACCAUCUUGAAGUGUCCAGGCGAAUCCGAUGCCCAGAAUAGCAGGGUGGGUCUGGAGCGACGAAUGACGAGAUUACUGGCAGCAAACACCAACUUAUCUGGAAGGAUGCGUCAACUCGAAGACGUGUUUGACGGUCAAGCCAUGGACCGGGAAUCACUUCCACAUUAUAGCCCAUCAGCUCGCCAACAGGCAUUUUGGGUACCACAACGAGCUGCGUCAUCGGCCUCCUCAAUAGUAGCCACUGGCACCGGCGGCGACCGAGCCUCCGACAACCAGGACACUUUACGAGCGUUGUCACCCUUCUCUGGCUAUACACUUGCGGAUGUGCCCGUACUUUCCGUCAUUCCGUUACCCGUAACAACCGGCGAGUUGGUGGAUGGCAACGAAUUUUACACAUUUGCCUACGCCCGACGUGUGAGUCGUGACCUGGGUGAAUUAAUGCAAUGCCAAGCUGGGCAAGGCACCAGCCAAAGUUUGGGGGUGAUAUUAGGGCGAACCAAUACCGGCAUGGAAAAUGGUGCGAGCACGAGCAGCACAGGGAGUAGUAACGAGAGCGGCCCUGUCGCAGUUGAGCCGCAAACUGACACUCAGCGCAAGAAAUGGCGGUUUCGCACCUUCGGAGUAAGGCGCCGGUGGCGCUUCCCAUGA